UCUCUGUCUCUGCAUAAUAUUGAAUUCCUUUCAUCUUGUUACUUAGAAAAGAGAGCAAUAAUAUAAUCAUAUAAUGGCUGGUGUUUCAUCUAGCCAAUUUUCCUUCGUUUGUUGUCUCCUUUUCCUUUUCCUUUUCAUGAUCAUAUCCGAAACCAGGGCCCAGCCAAGCUAUUUCCUAAACCACUUCUGUGACAAUGAUAAAGGCAAUUUCACAGCCAACAGCACUUACCACGCCAACCUCAACACCCUAUUAUCCAACCUCACUUCCAACGUAGAAAUCGACUACGGUUUCUACAAUUCGUCGUACGGCCAAAACAGUGAGAAAGUAAACGCCAUAGGGCUGUGCAGAGGAGAUGUCAAACCAGGCGAAUGCCGCCACUGCCUAAACAUGUCAACGGCCCUUCUCACACGCCUUUGUCCAAACCAGAAGGAGGCCAUUUCGUAUCACGACAAGUGCAUGUUGCGCUACUCAAACCGCACCAUAUUCGGCGUCGUGGAAACUUGGCCUUCCUUUUAUAUGUGGAACGCCAACAAUGCAACGGACGUGGAGCAGUUCAAUCAAGUGCUGGGGAACUUGAUGAGGAAUCUCACCAGCAUUGCUGCAUCAGGUGACUCUCGACGUAAGUAUGCCGCGGCAAAUGCAUAUGCCUCGAAUUUCCAAACCAUCUAUGGUGCUGUGCAGUGCACUCCCGAUUUGUCUGACCAAGACUGCAACGAUUGCUUGGUUGGGGCUAUCUCCGAAAUCUCAAGCUGUUGUGGCGGCAAGAGAGGUGGUAGAGUUGCCAGACCCAGUUGUAAUAUUAGAUAUGAAAACUACCGUUUCUAUGGUGAACCUGUUACAGCAGAUGCACCAGCACCGUCACUGUGAUGCCCUCACAUGCAUUUAUGUACGUAGAACAUUAUUCUGAAAUAAUGAUUGUGAACUUAAUAAAGUAGCUACUAGGAUGCGGCUGCACUGCGAAUAAAUUAUUUUCUUCUUAAACUUGUCACCUGUGUUGUGUUUUCUCUCUACUUCUGUAUAAGAAUUACUGAA